AUGGUUGGUUUUGGGCAGCAAAGUCCAGUAUCAUUUGCUACUCAAUUUGCAUCAAUUUUCAAAUUCAGUAGACAAUUUGCCAUUUGUUUGAGCUCAUCAACUAAACGAAGCGGUGUAAUUUUCAUCGGACAUAGCCCUUAUUUCAUUAGCCUCGCAUUUGAUGCAUCGCGAGAUCUAAUCUACACACCUAUAAUCACCCAACAACGUUUCGUUGCCAUUACCUACCCACAUUAUGUACGCAUCAUUCGUCCCUCACCAGAGUAUUACAUUCAAGUUACUUCCGUUAGAAUUAACGGAAAAACUUUACCAUUAAACAAAACACUACUCUCAUUAGACGAAAACGAAGAAGGCGGAACGAGAAUCAGUACGGACGUUCCGUACACCGAAUUAGAGCCUUCUAUUUACGAUAUCAUAAGUAAAGCUUUUAUUACUGAAAUGCCAAAAGAAGUCAAAAAGGUACCUGCAGUGCAACCUUUUAAGACUUGUUUCGACUCGACAUAUAUUGGUGUGUCACGCCUAGGUUACAAUGCACCUGAAAUUAAUCUCGUAUUUCAGAAACGAAAUGUUUAUUGGACAAUUAUCGGAGCGAAUUCGCUAGUAAAAGUUAAGGAAGGUGUUAUAUGUCUAGCAUUUGUUGAACGAAAAAAAGCAACGGGACAAGCAAUUGUUGUUGGUGGAUAUCAAAUGCAAGACAAUUUGAUAGAAUUUGAUCUAUCGAGGAGCAGAAUUGGUUUUAGUAAUUCACUUUUUUAUCAUCAAACUAUGUGUGCAAAUCAUAAUUAUGCUUAG